CCUGCCGAGAGGAAGCUAGGAAGGAAAGGGAAAAGCAGACACAGGGAAAGGACCCGAGCAGGGAAGAAGUUCUGCUGCCUCGAGAUGAAACAUGGAAUGUUCCUCCUCCUCCUCCUCCACCUCGGCUGGAGGUGCAGGGGAGCUCCAGUUCAACAAGGCAACCCCGUGCAAGUGACCCCGGCCCAGCCCAUCGUGCCCUUCAAUGGCACCAUCCAGCUUCACUGCUCCACCACCUGCCCAGGUGCCCAAGUGCAGUGGAAGGGGCUGGACACCAGCCUGGGGAAUGUCCUGACCCACCCCGGCCUCAGCAUCCUCACCAUCAGCUCAGCGACCAUCUCGAUGGCGGGCCUCAAGUUCUGUAACGUCAACUGCCAGGGGAAGGUCUACCAGAACAAGCUGGACCUGUUGGUGUACUCCUUUCCCGACACCCUUAGGAUCUCCCCGCAGGAGCUGGUGCCCGGACAAUCGGCCAGAAUGGUCUGCUCCAUGAGUAAGGUCUUCCCCAUCCCGAUCUUCAGCUGGUAUCGGGGGGACCAGAAGCUGGAGGACCUGCCCCAGAUGAACGAGAAUGAGGAGCAGAUAGAGGAAGAGCUGUUUGAUGUCGAGUCUUCUUGGGAGCUGGCGGGAGAGAAGGUGACAGAGGGACCCCCAUUUCGUUGCCAGGUUGAGUUGAGAUUGAAUGCGGAAAUCUCUCUCCAAAAAGUUAUUUCUGUCGAGCUGCAGACAACUCCCCUGAGGCUGAGCAGCCCUGCGCGCAGAGAGUCCGAGGCCCCCGCAACCCUGCCCCCAGAUACAGUCAAACCCCCCACUUCAGCACCAGGCUCCACUCCUGGGUGCUCCCAGACCACAGCUCCCCUCAAGUCCCAGGACCCCUCCAUGAAGCUGAGCCCCACCCAUGUGAACCCUUUGCUGGAGCUCCCCUCCUCCACCCUCCCCUCCUCCCCUUCCUCCUCCACCACUCCCUCCACCCUCCCUCCCUCCACCUCCUCUUCCUGUAAGCCACUGGUCCAGCUAGUGCAAGCCCCGAGGGCCCCUGGUGAACCCCUGGAGCUGAUAUGCCAGGUGGCCUGCAGCCCAGAGUACGAGGUGAACUGGACCCGGACACCCGUGGACCUUGAGCACUAUGAGCAGUGGAAGGGCGGGGCCCAAGCCAAGCUGCGGGUGCAGCAGGCCCAGCUGGUCCACCAGGGCCUGUACCAAUGUAGCCUGAUGACCAACAGCAACCAGGUCACCAACGCUAACACCCUCUACUUCUCCAUGAACCUGCCCCCGGACCCUGAUAUGGGUGCCCUGAUAACCCUCUGGACAGGGGGUUUCCUGCUGGGCCUGCUCCUCAUAGCCUUCAUCUCCCACUGCCUCUGGAAGCGCUACCAGGCUCAGGGCUGAGGACGGCCCGCCCUGCAUCCCCGGCCCCUCUCAGCGCCCUCGGCCUCUGACCGCCCGGUGCCUUGGCUGGGCCUUGUCUGGUGUAAGCUUCCAGUCCCGGGGGACGGGGAGGAUAAUAGAGAGUCCCCAGCCCUGGGGACUCUAGGAGACGCAGGCCUGCCUGACCUCCCACUGACCCUCCCCCAUCCUGCACUCAUUUCCUCUCCCAGUUCCAGCCUGGAGCUCCAGGCUUGGGGGUCUGGCUGGGUCCAAGCCCUCACUGGGGGUUCAGCUUGGAUUCCACAAGGGCCUGGCAUGCGCACCCAGGGAUUAACUUUCCCAAUUCAUGGCGGGGCAGCUGGAAGAGAUCAGACCCUGGACCUCCCCGAAGGGGACCUUCCGGAAUGGGACUCAUCUGCCGGAGCCCACAGACCCUGCCCACCAAGGCCCUUGAUGCUCCCCAUCUAGCUCCCCCGCUAGAUCGUCAGCUCCUUGAGGAAAGCCCCCGUCCAGGUCUGGUCCCGAGCCCUGGCUAAUAAAGGCAGGUUCCUUGGUAACUCCUCCCGGGAACGAUUGGAGUCGGCCCACGGCCUAAACAGGGACCCGUCGGUGCUGGACAACUCCAGCUUCUCACACGAAGGGUCAGAAGUUCCCUCUCCCCACCCCCUACAUCCACGCAUUCCUUUCUGAGCGAGCAUUCAUUUUGGGAAGGUGGUGAAAACUCAAGUCUGUGAUGACACAUCUCAGGCUACAGUUUCAGCUCCCGCCUGAG